AUUGGAUUGAGAAAACCCCUGUGUGAAGUCAUCAUCCCGAGGGACCAGCCAUGACUUCAGUGGCUCCAGACUAUUAUAAUCCCAGCACUGACGACUAUACAGAUUAUGGUCUGUGCAACCUGGACCCAAACCCUGCCGAAGUCAUCGCCCAAACCUACAUGCACUCCAUUAUCUGCGCUUUCGGCCUGAUCGGUAACAUCCUCGUCGUGGUCACUUACAUAUUCUACAAGAGAACCAAGACAAUGACGGACGUGUACCUAGUCAACGUGGCGGUGGCCGACCUGACCUUUGUGCUGGCCCUGCCUUUCAUCAUUUACAACGAACGGCACAGUUGGCCGAUGGGCUCCGUGGUCUGCAAGGUGCUGAGGUCAGCCUACAGCAUCAACCUCUACAGCGGGAUGCUCCUGCUGGCGUGCAUCAGCGGCGAUCGCUACGUUUCCAUCGUGCAGGCUAGACGUACUUUUGGGGCCCGCUCCAGGUAUCUCACCUACAACCGCAUCAUCUGCUCUGGCGUGUGGGUUUGCGCAGCCACGUUAACGCUGCCCACGCUGAUAUACACCGAACGCUUUGAAGAGGCCAGCUUGGGGGCGGAGACCGUGCACCCGAAGUGUCAGUUGUCUUUCAGCAACGACCGGACGGCAAAGUUCAUCAAAAAACUGGUUCCGUCCCUUCAAAUGGCCGUCGGGUUCCUGCUGCCCCUGGCGGUGAUGGCGCUGUGCUACUCCAGCAUCACGUGCACGUUGAUCCGAGCGCAGAGCAGCCAGAGGCACAAGGCCGUCCGGGUGGUCUUCACGGUGGUUGUGGUCUUCAUUGUGUGCCACUUGCCCUACAACGUGACUCUCCUCAUCCACACGCUCGGUCUGUUUGAACAAAGGAGCUGUCAGGGAGAAAGGCUCAAUCUUCAAGUUCUGGCCAUUUCGAAAAGCGUCGCCUACCUCCACUGCUGUCUCAACCCCGUCCUCUACGCCUUCAUCGGCUCCAAAUUUCGGAGCCACUUCAGGCAAAUCGUCAUGGACCUUUGGUGUUUUGGAAAGAAAUACAUCUACUCGGCCCGUUCAUCCGAUGUCUGCGUCUCCGCUUUUAAGUCUUCGGAUGGCGCCGACAACUUCUCCUCGUUUAGUGCAUGAUGGCUCAACCGACAAAAUUCACAUACUUUGAAAGUGGAUGUGUAUGUGUCAGUGAAGGCAACACGCAGCAACUAAAAAACAUUUUAUAUAAUUAAAAUAAAAAUGUUGGGAAAUAUUACAUGUUCAGCUUUCAAAUUCCAUCCAUUUUUUGAAAUUGAUCUAGCAACAUUUUUGGGCCUCAGUUUGAAACAUUUUUUUUUCCAUAAAAAUAUUACGGUACCAAAAUUACAGCUCUAGUGAUUAAGUAGCAUGCUAAUAUAAAAUUGAUCUUUAACUGUAUGCAUACACGAUGAUUGUAUUUGUUACCCCAUUCUAUCAUAUUCUAGUCUAACUAUUUGCAGUAAUAUAUCAUCCUAUUUUUUAAAAUUCAUCUGUUUAUAAUGUUUAUGUUAUUUCUACACACUGAUGUGGAUUGGCUUCAUUUGGACCUCAGUGACAUUGCUUCUACCUCAUCGAUCCGGUUGAGUGAUGCAUAAAACACUUGAAAAAUAAAAACAUAAAUGAAAGAUAGAAUCUGAUGGAAGGGGGCCUUUAAAUAUCCAAAGUUCCAAACUACCACAAACAUGUUCCUUUUAAAACUAUAUGAACAUUUUAAAAAAUGUUUUCUAUUAUAUUAGUCAUCUUUGUUUUUGAGCUUCUGAGGGGGUUACGAUAGGUUACUACAUUCAUGUGCACAGUACCAAAAAAACAAACUUAAAAACAAAAUGCACGUUUGCAUCUGUCUUUGC